AUGGAUCCUAAACAAUUAUUUGCUUCACAUGGAAAUGUUUACACUUAUUUUGAUAUUACUAUCGAUGAGGUAAAAAUUGGCAGAAUAGUUAUGGAAUUAUUUACAGAUAAGGCUCCAUUUACAGCCUACAAUUUCUAUCAUCUUUGUAUAGGUACUGAGAUUCCAGGCUUUAAUGGUAAACUUUCCUAUAAAAAUAACUAUUUCCAUCGUGUUAUAAAGAAUUUUAUGAUCCAAGCUGGUGAUAUUAUGUAUGGAUCAAAAAAUUUCCAAAAGACUGAUGACAUUGGUAAAGGUGGUUGCUCAAUUUAUGCAAAAGAAGAGGAGUUUUCUGAAAAGGUUGAUAUUCCAUGUUAUGGUAACUUCAUUGAUGAAAAUCAGGCCGAAUUCACUGAACCUUUCUAUUUAGCCAUGGCUAAUUCAGGUAAACCAAACACAAAUAGUUCUCAAUUCUUUAUAAAUACCUCGGCAUUACCACAUCUAAAAGGAAAGCAUAGUAUUUUUGGUAAAGUUAUACAUGGUAAAUCUGUAAUUCAUACCAUCAAAGAAACCAAAGUAGAUUCAGAUGGUUUUCCAGAAAAAUGUAUAAGAAUCGCCGAUUGUGGUGCUUGGAAUAAGACUAUGGAGAUCCCUUUAUAUAACGCAUGUAACUACGAAAUUGGUGGUGAUAUUUAUGAAGAAUACCCUGAUGACGAUAAACAUUUUAAUGAUGAUGAUUUCUCUAAAGCACUUGAUGCUGCUACUAUUAUAAAGGAAUCAGGGACUUUAUUGUUUAAAAAGAAAGAUUAUCAAAAUGCAUUUUUUAAGUAUAGAAAAUCUUUAAAAUAUACAAAUGAAUAUAUCCCAGAUGUUAGUAUUAAUAAAGAUUUAAAUUCUAAAUUCUCACAUUUAAAAUUAAAACUGUAUUUGAAUAUUAGUUUGGUAUGCUUUAAUAUGCAAAAUUACAAUGAAUCCAUUAAGUAUGCAACUUAUCUAUUAGAUUCAGAUAAUGUACCUGACAUGGACAAGGCAAAAGGAUAUUAUAGAAGAGCUAAUUGUUAUUUUGUUAAGAAAAGGUAUGAGGAAGCAUUAAAAGAUUACAAACAGUGUAAUGAUUUAAAUCCAAAUGAUAAAGUAGUUAUUAAGAAAAUUGAACAGGUAGAAGAGAUUUUGGAAAAAAGAAAGGAAAACACAAAGAAAAGUCUUGCUAAAUUUUUUUCUUAG